UCCACCUGAUCCAAGAAAAAUUUUUCACUUAAUAUAUUCAUGCCGUGACAUUUUCCAACUCAAGUCUAGUACCUUAGCAACCACAAAUGUCCAUACGUCGUUGUCGUCCAUUCAUAGUCAGACAGUCGUCGUCAUUCAUCCAUGGCAACGGAAAACUGAUAUCAAAACAAAAGGCCCAAUAAAAGCAACAACUGUUCGAUGGAGGGAAAAGACAUUUGAUAAAAAAAACAAAAAGGAAAGAAGGAAAACAAACAGUCGCAUAAGUGAGCACAAUAUUAACACCCCCAUAAAGUAAAAAUUGAGAGCGGAGCGAUCCAUGGCUAGAUCAGAAACGAUGGCAAACAAACAAUAACAUUUGAUGACUGCUGCUCACUCGCUCGCUAUAAAAUCGACAGACCACAACAACAUCAACAACGAAACAAAAACCCCUGAACAGAUUACAAGACUUGUAGCUCUUCGUACACACAAAAAAGAGCUACACAAGAGAGCCGCAGAGUGAGGAUAGAGGAGUAAAAACGAUAUCGGUAACCCAUCAUGUCUAUCAACUGCUUUGGAAAAAUGCCCAUGCCCCAGGUGUUGUUAGUUACUUGUUAGCCAGCAAUAACCUCCAACGGCUGGAGGUAAAACUGCAAUAUUUUUCCUCCCAACGAAAUGAAUUCACAACAAUGAGAAUUUAAAACGUGAGAUUUCCAACGCCAGACAUUCUGAAACGAACAAAGUGAUUUUGAGAUUGAACCUCAAUAUAUUUUUUAUUUUCUAAAAUUGCUGUGAUAUAAAAUUUAAGUUUUGAAAACUAAAGCAACGAAACGUCAAAGCAAUGGCCGUGAUCAAUAAACGUUUGUUGCCCAUCAAGGCCCAUUUCUUCUUUUUUAUGGCGGCCAUGGGCCCAAUUCUUCCCCAGUUAUCGGUUAUUGGCAAACAAAUUGGCAUAGCUCCAGAGGUAAUGGGCUACAUUACCUGCAUCCUGCCGGUAAUGUAUGUCAUAGCAAAGCCCAUGUUUGGUUUUAUUGCUGAUUAUUUUUCGCAUUUCCGGAAAUUUAUAUUCAUCUCUCUCAUCGUGGGUAUGACAUUGUCCUAUGCCUGUUUCUAUUUCAUACCCGAGAAUACGAAUUUACAAUUGAAUCCAUUGCAAGAUGUUACCAUGGAUAUGAAAAACAUGACCCACUGUCGUGAAGAGUUGAUGGACCCAACAAAUACCAACAUUUCAAUAAGCAAAGCUACAUGUACAGACAAUAGCAACAGUAACUUCACAUUUCCAGCCUAUUUUCUGGACACACGAACGGAAGCAAUCUCUAAAUACAAUCUAACCUCUAACUAUGAGCAAUAUUACAUUUGUUUGGGCAGCAACAUUACCACAACUCUACCAAACGAAAGUAGCCGCCUUAAAUUCAAUGGAACUUGCCAAUUUGAAUAUAGCCCUGAGCAAUCCAAUUCUUUGUACCUUUCGGCCACAUUUUGGAUUUUUGUCAUACUUAUGUGUUGUGGUACAAUUGGUUUCAAUGUCACCAAUUCCAUAUCGGAUGCCAUUUGUUUCGAUAUGCUAGGCGAUGCAGCGGAACACAAGUAUGGAAAUCAACGUGUAUGGGGUACAAUUGGCUUUGGUUUGACAGCCCUGAUAUCCGGUGUUGUGGUGGAUCUCUGGACAGUGGAUACUGUGAAAAGUUUUACCCCAGCUUUGGUUAUUAUGCUGAUUUUCAGUGCAUUCGAUUUGAUGAGUGUUUCGAAAUUGAAAUUGCCAAAGCUAUCGUCUUCAGAAUCAAUAACAAAAGAUGUCUGGCAAUGUAUAAAACAGCCAGCAGUGGCAACAUUUUUGGUAUUCGCCACAAUUGCCGGCAUAAUUGACUCCUUUAUUAUAUUCUUCCUAUUUUGGCACGUGGAGGAGGUGGCAGCCGAAACGGGUUACAUGGAUCAAAUUAAACUCAUCGAAGGUUGUGUGGUGGCUGCCGAAUGUUUGGCCGGUGAGGUGCCCUUCUUUUUCUACAGCGGCAAAAUCAUCAAGAAACUGGGCUAUGUCCAUUGCAUGAGCAUGUGUUUCUUUUUCUAUGCCGUACGUUUGGGUUUGAUUUCAUGGAUACCAAAUCCUUGGUAUCUGGUUGGUGUGGAAUUAUUCUUCCAAGGAUGUACUUAUGCUUUGUGUUACACCGUGAUUGUGGCCUAUGCCUCGGAAAUUGCCCCACCCGGUACAUCGGCCACAAUACAGGGCCUUAUUGCCGGCAUGGAUGAUGGUUUGGGUUUUAGUAUUGGUUCUCUAAUUGGCGGGCUGGCCUUUAAACGUUUUCAUGGUCGCCGCAGCUUUAUGUAUUUCUCAAUUCUGGCCAUCUGUACUUGUGUGGCUCACAUUGUCUUACGUCCAGCUUCAAAGAAGCGACAAUAUUUACCCAAGACAGGUUAUCAAGCACCUGUGGAACAGGAAAUGACGGCCAUCAGGGAGAAGGAGGAACAAAAAUCCAUGAUCGAUUCUGUGUCGUAGGAAGAGUUGUGGAAAUGUUUAUGUUAAAGAUUAUGGUUUUUUGUUAAUGACAAUUUUGUAAGAUUACUAGCUUUUUAAGGAUACUAAGGAUUUUUUUGCUUUAUAUUAAAUAAGGAUUAUUGUUAAAUAGAUUUUGUAUAUUUUUAUAAAGAUUGACGAAAAUAAAAACAAUAAAAUAUAUAUU